GUUCUGCAAGAAUAUGGGUUUGCAUAUGAUGUCUUCCUCUAAAGAGAAUACAAAAUUUCCUGUUUGUUGCGAAGAAUCUUUCGUUUAAUGACGUAAAACGUCGAGUAGCAUGUGAACCUGUUUGAGGGUGUGGAUAUUGGCUUGGACAUAGUUCUCAUUCUCCCACCCACACACCCACAUCCCACCAUAUAUGUUUAAGUCUGACUAAUCUCAAACUCUUAUCGAUGGAUAUUGUCUUGAUGAUCUAUAUUGGACAUUAGCGCUAUAUCAUAUCGAUGAACAUAGAAUUGUGCUGUUGAUUAUCGAGGAAAUGCAUACUGUUGGCUGAAUAUUCGUAUUAUUCGGAUAUUGAAAGCAUUAUUCUACAAAAUCAAAAGCAUAGUCAAAAUUCACUCAUUAAUUCGUGUCAAGGUACUUAUCAUCUGCCUAUUGGUAUAUCUAGACAAUGCACACCAAAUAUACUAAAGGAAUUUACUUCAGGGCUCAAAAUAGUAUUGCUUUUUUACGCUAUGAAAAUAAUAGUAUGAGAACGAACCCAAGAAAAAAUGUGCUCCAUCAUUUUGAUCAUUUCCUUCGAAACUUGCCACUAUCCAGUCAGAUUACCAAUACAAAUGGUUUCAUGUUCGAUUAACCCUUUCGAGUCGAUGGGGCCCACCGGUGGGCCCCACUAUAUUUUAACAAGAAAUUCAAUAGAAAAAAACUUUCUUUUCUUUUAUUCUUAGGUGAAAGAUUAGGCGUAAUGUGUGCCUUCGCUAUUUUUAAAAUCAUUUAUUGAUAGCGUAAUGCUUCUCGUUAAAACAAUCAACACAAAAAAAAUUGUCACAAUCAGAACAGAAAGUUUUUAUUUUCUUUGUUGUUGCAUGACACUCUUCUCUUGAUUAUUCUAUCCUGUUUUUCUCGUAACAGCCAGCACAUAACAACACCUAACAAAGUCAAAGAUAGUGCUACGAAAAGAAUGCAAAAGAACAAGAUUGAAAUUUUUUUCUUUACCUUGUUCCUAUUGCGCAAUGCGUACAAGAGAAAAACAAACUUGAGUAACUAUUCGGCUCGACGCGAAAAAGCACCGCCUAUGUAAUGCUAUAAACAAGAAAAAGAAAAACGAACGGCUCUACAUACUGAAAAGUCCAACGAGUGCAUUUGUCGAGGGUGAAUACACACGAAAAUGAAUGUGUUAACGUUAUUUUCUAUGAAAAUCGAAUCGACUCGAAAGGGUUAAAAUAAAUGUCACAAAAUAUUUGUUAAAUAAUCAGUAUCAAGAUUUUUCAGGCAUAUUGAAACAAAAUAAAUAUCUCCGAAUCUCAAAAAUAUGACAGAGGGAUGUGUUAGCGCCAACAGAUGACACUAUGUUGACGCUAACUUAAUUGAACUUCGUUCAAUUGGCCUUUUCUUAUUUUUCUUUCAUUUGUUGGUGCCUUCUCUUUCAUUCGUUCUAUAACUAGAUUUUUCUUUUUCGUUCUGUCUUUCUCUCUCUUUCGGAUUUUCUCAGAAUUUGAUUCAGUUCAAUUGAACUUUUUCUUAUCUAGUAGAAGGUUGUAUUGUAUUAUCUACGAUAUCUCUUCCAUUAUUAUUAUCCUUGAUAUCAUCAUAAUAACCCCCCCCCCCUCCCCUUAUAUUAUUUUUCGUAUUCCAUUACUUCAUCAUCACCAACAUCAUUAUCACGUAGUCAAUUCCAAGAUAUGAUCUUUAUACUUUUGCGCCUCAAUAAUAACAAUUAAAAAUUGACUUAACAGAAUGUUUAUCUCUAUUGUGAUGGUGGAUUUCAUAAAUCUCACUAUCUUCACUACCGACAUAACGUGUUUUUAAUGUCACAAUCAUAACUUAAUCGAAUACACAACAGAAUUGAUAUUUGUUUUGUUCCUAUCCUUCUAGGAUGAAUAUAUCGAAAGAAGCUGCUGUUGACAAAAUCAAGGAGAGUAACAUUCAACCCAUUGAUGGCAAUACAGAUGCCAUCAAUGAAUGCAUGCGCUGCCAUUUGCACAAGUUGGCGAAGAUGGCUACAAUCAAGUCAAAGAAAAACAAUGCUAUAGUUGCUGCACACCCAACCAAAUUAGCAUUUGUAAUUUUCUUUGACAAUGGAAGUAAGAUAAAAAAAUUGCUUAGACUAAUCUAUCUAUUAUUUUAGUCAUCGAGCAGAAGAGACCAAAGACACAUCCGGCAUCUCCAGUUGUACAACCUCGCUCACCGGUGACUCCGACGUCGUUACCAUUGGUUUCAACUCCUCCAAUGAUUCCAACACCUUCACCAAUUUUACCACCUGUUCCACCAGUCUUACCUAGUCUACCUGCGAUACCAAGUUCACCUACUCCAUCUCUCUUAUCUCGACCAUCAACUUUACCAUCUCAAUCACCAGCUGCUCAAGUACCAAUUCCAGAUAAAUUAUCAAUUAUCCACUCACCUUUCUCACAAUCGUAUAUGCAACAAUAG